AUGGUGGCCGAUGCUCUUAGUCAUAGAGCGGUGUUCACUCAUCUUAGUCUAUUCGAUGAUGGGAGACUGUUAGCUGAGUUACAAGUUAAGCUGACUUGGAUUGAUCAGAUUCGUGUUAAACAAAUGAGGGAUGAGUCUCUAGGCCAGCAAGUUAAGGAUGAGCACCAGUUGACUUCGGGUUUGUUGCAUCCAGUUAUGAUUCCUUUAUGGAAAUGGGAACAUGUGAUGAUGGACUUCAUUAGUAGGUUGCCCUUGACACCCACUAAGGACUCUAUUUGGGUCAUUGUAGAUCAAUUGACCAAGUCUGCUCAUUUCAUUCCGGUUCAAAUAGACUAUUCUCUGCAGAAGUUAUCGAUGCUCUACAUUUCUGAGAUUGUGAGACUACAUGAGGUGCCUGUUUUGAUCAUUUCUGAUAGAGAUACUCGCUUCACAUCCUGGUUCUGGAAGAAAUUGCACGAGGCUCUAGAUUUGAAGAGGCGUAAUAUUAAGUACUCUGUGGGGGAUUUUGCCUUUCUUAAGGUUUCACCGUGGAAAAAGGUUCUGAGAUUUGGUCUUAAGGACGAGUUGAGCUCUAGGUUUAUUGGGCCGUAUCAGAUUCUGAAGCGUGUGGGACCGGUCGUUUAUCAAUUAGGGCUACCUCUAGAGUUAAGCCGUAUCCACGAUGUGUUUCACGUCUCGAUGUUGAGGCGGUAUUGGUCUGACCCAUCUCACGUUGUCUCAGUUGAGGAGAUCAAGGUUCUGUGGCAGAAUCAUAGUAUUGAGGAGGCCACGUGGGAACCUGAGGACUCGAUGCGUCAGCAAUAUCCUUAUCUGUUCUGA